AUGGAAACAGAGACGGAGAAGAAGUGCUAUGAGUUCCUCAAGCUUACCAGCAGAAGUUUCUCUGCUGUCAUCAUGGAGCUCCAUCCCGAGCUUCUGAUGCCCGUAUGUCUGUUUUAUCUCAUCCUUCGUGGCCUGGACACGGUCGAGGACGACACGUCGAUACCUCUGGAGACCAAGGAGCCCAUACUGCGCGGUUUCAAGGACAUUCUUGAAGAAGAUGGCUGGACCUUCACGGGGAACCGUCCGGAGGAGAAGGACCGGGAGCUGCUGGUUCAGUUCCACAAUGUCAUCACGGAAUUCAAGAAGAUCAAGCCAGCCUACAAGGUUAUCAUCAAAGAUAUAACCGAGAAGAUGGGCAAUGGCAUGGCAGACUACAUCAGACGCGGCCAAGAGGACGACGAAAUAGUCAAGACCAUUGAAGACUACGACCUCUACUGCUACUAUGUGGCCGGUCUGGUGGGUGAGGGCCUCACCCGCUUGUUUGUCGAGGCCGGCUUUGCGCGGCCGGAGCUGUUGGAGCGUCCGGAGUUGUUCAUCUCCAUGGGGCGAUUCCUGCAGAAGACGAACAUCAUUCGUGACGUGCGUGAAGACCACGAUGACAAGCGUCGUUUCUGGCCCCGCGAGAUCUGGUCGAGACACGUCAAGGAGUUCAGUGACCUUUUCAAGCCCGAGUUCCGCCCGCAGGCCCUUAACUGUAACGCUGACAUGAUUCUCAAUGCCCUCUCACAUGUAGAGGACUGUAUAUACUAUCUCUCCGCGCUCCGGGAGCAGAGUGUGUUCAACUUCUGCUGCAUCCCGCAGACCAUGGCCAUCUCGACUCUGGAGCUCUGUUUCCGCAACGGCACCAUGUUUGAGCGGAACAUCAAGAUAACCAAGGGCACUGCCUGUCGGCUCAUGAUAGAUUCUACGCAGAACGUGCGAGUUGCCUGUGACGUGUUCCGUCGCUAUGCUCGGGCCAUUCACCAGAAGAACACCUCCAAGGAUCCAAACUUCCUCAAGAUCAGCAUGGCCUGCGGACAUGUCGAAAAGGUCGUUGAGCGUAUUUUCCCCUCGCAGUCGCCGGAAGCGGCUGCUCGAAGACUAACCAAUGAGAAAUCCCCCGAGCAGCUGGCACAAGACGAAGCCGACGCCGAAGCAAAGAAAGAUACCAUGUAUAUAAUGCUCACCAUCUUCGGCGUCCUGCUCUUCGUCACUAUAACAAUGUUCUUCGUUGCUUGGUUGUUUGGUGCCAGGUUCGACCUCGCAAUCGAAGAGUUCAAAAAGGGAAAGCUUAUGCCCGGCCCUGCCCAAACCCACGGUGGUGAGCUCUAA